AAAAUCUACCUUCAACUCUCGGCAGAACUAAUUAAGGAACGCAUCAAUAGUACGCCCACCAAGCAGCAGACCCAUCACUCCAAUCCAGCAGGAGAAGGACCAUCCAAAUAAGAUCGGCUCGGCGGCCGCCUGUGGUCCCUGGUAAAUGCAAAAUACGAAACUCCUACUCGAGAGAGGUAUCUUACUGAAUCGGAAGAUGCUAACCCAGUCGCAGUUUUCGCAAAUUCAUUUCUCGGCUGUGCUGAACAACUAUGCCAUGUUCUACAAUGUGGCCAGAGCCAUCAGCUUUGUCGAUAAUGCAACGGUUCAGCUCAGCUCUGAUGGCGUGAAAGUAGUCGUCGAAGAUUGCAAAAGUGUUCAAGCCACGGCAUACAUUACGAAAGCCUGCUUCUCGGAGUACAACAUUUCCCAACCGAAACGCAAGCUGGCCACAAUGGAUGCUAACGAAGAAGUAACCGGUGACGACGAGCCGUUAACCUCGUUCGGUUUGAAUUUAAAGGUUUUCACUGACUGUUUAAGUAUGUUUAUGGAUGGCGGUUACGACUCCAGUAUGAAGAUGCUGUACAAAGGCGAUGGUGCCCCACUGGUGGUGAUUCUAGAGCGACGUUGUGAGGACGGUCUGAUAACCGAAUGUUCGGUAAAAACGAUGGAAGCGCUGGAUAUUUUAGAUUACGACUUCGAGGAGGAUCACGUAUGCAGUAAAGUUAGCAUUAAGGGUCAGGAGUUCUUCGCUCUGCUUUCCGAAAUGGAUCGAAACUGCAAAGAAAUUGAGAUACUUCUCUCGCCAGACGCGCCACAUGUCAAGUUCUCCACGUUCGAUGAACUGGGGUCGGAAUCAAGCUUCGAAAUAACCAAUAGCAGCGACAUGUUGAUUUCGUUUCACAGCACCGAUACUACCUCGAAUAGGUAUCAGUUUGCUCACUUCAAGUUGGUCAUGAGGACAUUGGCCCUAGCCUCAAAAAUUGCACUGCGAACUAACAAGGACGGACUACUUGGGCUGCAGGUAAUGAUUGAAAAUUCCGAUAGUUCCAAUAUUUUUGUAGAGUACUUUGUGAUGCCUCUUUGCGAUGGGGACGCAGAUGAUACUGCCAUUUCGUGUAACUGAAACAUUGUUUGUUUGAAUAGUAAACUGUUGAAGAAAAAACUUUCGAAUUCA